AUGUCGCAAGGAACAAUUUACCUAUUACGCGGCUCUCCAAGAGCAGCUUUAUGUAAGGACUUGAUUGAAUAUUUCAGCCUUGAUAUCAAGAUCUCUGAUACUGCAGACCCAGAUUUCGCAAAGACAUUUCCCUUGAAAAGAGUUCCUGCUCUCAAGGGCCCUGAUUUUACACUACAUGAAACGCUGGCGGUACUGGUCUACAUCACAUCUCUGAUUCCUCAAAACCAAGGGUUAUUCGGAUCUUCUAGCUUGGAUAAUGCUCAAACUAUUAAGUGGUUAUCUUUCACCAAUUUUGAGGUCGUGUCUGCUUUGAUUCAAGCAUUGUAUCCACUAAUUGGAAAUCGUCCCUACUCUAAGGAUGGUGUUGACCAGGCAAUUAAAGAUUUGGAGUCGUAUGUUGCUGUGUACGAGACUCAGUUGAAGCAGACGAAGUAUCUUGUUGGCGAUGAGAUUACUUUGGCUGAUUUGUUUACUGUUCAGUCCUUCAUAUGGGGAGCUGAAUACAUCUGGGACGUCAAUUGGUUCAAGAAACAUCCGCUAAUUGAGGCCUGGUUCAAGGACGUCAUUCAACAUCCAGUCGUGGUCAAAUCUCUGGGAGAUUUCAAGCCUGUACGAAAGGCUGUUCCUAAUGUUCCACCCAAGAGUAAUUAA